AGGCAUUGAUAGUGUCCCCUCCCUUCCUCCCUCAUCAAUAAUCUCUCCACUCUCUUUCCCCCCAAAAUUCACUCACAAACCAGACAACUCCUACUACCUCCCCUCCAUUGCAAUAAUACAAAUACAAACGCAAACAAAUUAGCCAUGGCCAACAUGAUCAUGGCCUCCUCCAAAACCCUAAUCCCCUCCUCCUCUUAUUCCUCCCCCUUCCUCCCCCAAAAACCCAGACUCCAACUUCCCCAAAUCUCCCUCCCCAAAUUCCCCAAAACCCAACUCAAAUCCCUCACAAAUUCGACCUCCCUCAAAUCCAUGACCGCCAUUAUCGCCGCCUCUCUCGCCGCCGCACCUCCCUCCUUGGCCGAAGUGAUCGAGAAGGCGGCCCUCUUCGACUUCGACCUAACCCUCCCAAUCAUGAUGGCGGAGUUCCUGUUCCUGAUGUUCGCGCUCGACAAGGUGUAUUACACUCCUCUUGGGAAUUUCAUGGACCAGCGUGACGCGGCCAUCAAGGAGAAGCUGGGAAGCGUGAAGGACACGUCGGCGGAGGUGAAACAGCUGGAGGAGCAGGCGGCUGCCGUGAUGAGGGCGGCGAGGGCGGAGAUAUCGGCGGCGCUGAACAAGAUGAAGAAGGAGACGACGAUGGAGGUGGAGCAGAAGCUGGCGGAGGAGAGGAAGAAGUUGGAGGCGGAGCUUCAGGAGGCUCUGGCAAGCUUGGAGAAGCAGAAGGAGGAGACUAUUAAGUCUCUUGAUUCUCAGAUUGCUGCCCUUAGUGAUGAGAUUGUCAAGAAGGUCCUCCCUAUCUAAAACCCCCAAUUCUCUCUCUCUCUCUUUUUUUUUUAAAAUGUCUAUUGUUAUAGAUCCAAAAAAAAAAGAAAAAGAAGAAGAAGAUGGGUUUUUAAUUUUUGUCUUCUUGAAUUGCUUUCAUGUGUAAUCAAGAUUACAUAAUUGUGAAAUACUUGGAUUCUGCCCAUUUGUGUGUCUCCAUUUCUCAUUGUUUAUAUAUAUGGAAAAUGUUAUGGAAAA